AUGUCCAUUUGUGAGCAAUACUACCCAGAAGAGCCAGCCAAGCCAACUAUCAAGACCGGAUCUAUUCCAGGACCCGAGUCUCAAAAGCAAUUGAGAGAACUAGGUGAGGUUUUUGACACAAGACCAGCAUAUUUCUUGGCUGAUUAUGAAAAAUCUUUGGGUAACUAUAUCACUGAUGUAGAUGGCAAUACAUAUUUGGAUUUGUAUGCUCAAAUCUCCUCAAUUGCAUUAGGUUAUAACAACCCUGCUUUGAUCAAGGCAGCAAAAUCACCAGAAAUGAUCCGUGCUUUAGUCGACCGUCCUGCCUUGGGAAACUUUCCAUCAAAGGACUUGGACAAAAUAUUGAAGCAAAUAUUGAAGUCCGCACCAAAGGGUCAGGACCACGUCUGGUCUGGGCUUUCUGGUGCAGAUGCCAAUGAACUAGCAUUUAAGGCCGCCUUUAUUUAUUACCGUGCUAAGCAAAGAGGCUAUGAAGCAGAGUUUUCAGAGAAGGAAAACAUAUCUGUCAUGGAGAAUGAUGCUCCUGGUGCUCCUCAACUUGCCGUACUAUCAUUCAAGAAAGCUUUCCAUGGUAGACUGUUUGCUUCCGGGUCUACAACUUGUUCUAAACCAAUUCACAAGUUAGACUUCCCAGCUUUCCACUGGCCUCAUGCUGAAUAUCCAUCGUAUAAAUAUCCAUUAGAAGACAAUGCCGAUGAAAACCAUAAAGAAGAUGACCGUUGCUUGGCGGUAGUUGAAGAAUUAAUUAAGACUUGGUCUAUUCCAGUAGCAGCUUUAAUCAUUGAACCAAUUCAAUCUGAAGGUGGUGAUAACCACGCCUCCAAGUAUUUCUUACAAAAGUUGAGAGACGUUACUUUGAAAUACAACGUUGUCUACAUCAUAGAUGAAGUGCAAACAGGUGUCGGAGCCACUGGUAAGCUUUGGUGUCACGAGUACGCCGAUAUUCAACCACCAGUGGAUUUGGUGACGUUUUCCAAGAAAUUUCAAAGUGCAGGAUAUUUCUUCCACGACCCCAAAUUCAUUCCAAACAAGGCAUACAGACAAUUCAACACAUGGUGUGGUGAACCUGCUAGAAUGAUCAUUGCAGGUGCCAUUGGACAAGAAAUCUCUGACAAGAAGUUGACUGAACAGUGCUCAAGAGUGGGUGAUUACUUGUUCAAGAAAUUAGAGAAUUUACAGAAGAAGUAUCCCGAAGCCUUUCAAAACUUGAGAGGUAAGGGCAGGGGUACGUUCAUCGCAUGGGAUUUACCUACUGGUGAAAAGAGAGACUUGCUAUUGAAAAGAUUGAAGUUGAAUGGUUGUAACGUAGGUGGAUGUGCAGUCCACGCAGUGAGAUUGAGACCUUCUUUAACAUUCGAGGAAAAGCAUGCUGAUAUUUUCAUUGACGUAUUGACCAAAUCAGUUGAUGAAUUAUGA